CGUUGUUGACUGCUACGCUGCGCAAUCCCAGGAGCAAGCGGGGCGAGCGAAGCCUGCGCCGCCGCCACUGCCGCAGGAGGCGUGAGGUUGGCAUUACAUGGUGUCAGAACUGGGAUCCGAAGGCAGCAACCACCAAGGAACGACGACCCUCGGGAUUGAGUGAGGUGCCCCUCGGAUUUCGAGCUCGCAGACUUCAUUCCGGAUCUGGAUAGGGACAGGUUGUCCUCCUGGAGAUAAAAACCUUCAGAUGGCAGAUAACAGUUUUUCAGAUGGGGUUCCUUCAGAUUCCUUGGAAGCUGCUAAAAGCGCAACUGCUACAGAAAAGCUCACAGAUCAGGUGAUGCAGAACCCGCAGGUCUUGGCAGCCUUACAGGAGCGCCUUGACAGUGUCUCCCACACUCCUUCCAGCUACAUUGAGACUUUACCUAAAGCCGUGAAGAGAAGAAUCAAUGCACUGAAACAGCUCCAGGUGAAGUGCGCUCACAUAGAAGCCAAGUUCUACGAGGAGGUCCAUGACCUGGAGCGGAAGUACGCGGCGCUGUACCAGCCUCUGUUCGACAAGAGAAGGGAGUUCGUCACUGGUGAUGUGGAGCCGACAGAUGCAGAAUCGGAGUGGCACAGUGAGAAUGAAGAGGAGGAUAAAUUGGCUGGAGACAUGAAAAAUAAAGCAGUCAUAGCAGAAAACGAAGCAGCAACGGCAGAAGAGCCAAACCCCAAAGGAAUCCCUGAGUUCUGGUUCACCAUCUUCAGAAACGUGGACAUGCUGAGUGAGCUGGUCCAGGAAUAUGAUGAGCCAAUCUUGAAACACCUGCAGGAUAUCAAAGUCAUAUUUUCAGAACCUGGACAGCCUAUGUCUUUUAUAUUAGAGUUCCACUUUGAACCCAAUGAGUACUUUACUAACACGGUCCUGACAAAAACAUACAAGAUGAAGUCGGAGCCAGAUAAGGCUGACCCCUUUUCCUUCGAAGGCCCUGAAAUAGUUGACUGUGACGGGUGCACUAUUGACUGGAAGAAAGGAAAAAAUGUUACUGUCAAAACGAUCAAGAAAAAGCAGAAACAUAAGGGUCGGGGCACUGUUAGAACAAUUACCAAACAGGUUCCCAACGAUUCGUUUUUCAACUUCUUCAAUCCGCUGAAAGCAUCUGGGGAUGGAGAGUCACUGGACGAAGAUUCCGAGUUCACAUUAGCGUCCGACUUCGAGAUUGGACACUUCUUCCGGGAGCGGAUAGUCCCACGGGCCGUGCUGUACUUCACGGGGGAGGCCAUAGAGGACGAGGACAACUUUGAAGAAGGUGAGGAAGGAGAAGAGGAGGAAUUAGAAGGGGACGAGGAAGCAGAAGAGGACGACGCGGACGUUAACCCCAAGGUGUAAUUUUUGUCUGUUAACCAUUCAUACGUUUCUAGAAGGAGCCCGGCCAGCCCUCCGAGUGCAAACAGCAGUGAGAAGCGCCCCGUCCGCAGACGCCUGUCAGGACUCGUCACACUGCACCCCGUCUCCGCCCUGACGUGCUUCCGUCCAGCGUGUCUCCACGUGCGCGAUCUCAUUUCACGCUUCCUCUGUCCUGACUGUCUGGCUCACCCUGUACAGUGGCAGCUUAGGUGCAUUUCAACGGGAGGUUUUGUUCGCCGCGCUCUGCGGCCUGGGGUGCGGCUCAGUAGGCUUUCCCAGCCCUCCUUCGGGGUGGGGGGAGGCUCCGGGAGGGUCACUGACGCCCAGGCUGGUGUCUGGGAUGUGGUUCCGGGGCGUCUGGAACCUGUCGCUCCACUCCUGCUGUGGGACUGAGUCUCCUUUCGUCUGAAGAGACCCCUGCGCUGUGUUUCCAGCCGCUCGGCCUCCUGUGUCUGGUCGUGUCAAGCUGUAGAGUAGGGUCCCGUUCUCCGCAGUGUUCUUGCUUUGGUUUUAUUUUCCUCGGGGUGGGGGUGGGGUUGUGCACACGAUGCGGAGACCAAGCUUGGGUGGUUCAUCCUCGUAUUUAUUUGUUCUUGCGUGCUGUGAGGGCUUGGGACGCAUGCUGUCACUUGUCCUCGGAGUUUCCGAACCCAUGUUUGUGACUGGGCCAGGCAGAGGUGGUGGCAUCUCCUCCGGGAGCGAGGCCUCUGUGGAGGGAACCGCGUGCGCACUCUUUUGCCACCUGCCGUGGGCUCUGCAGCCCACACUGGGCCCUGUGGGGAGGGCUUGUGGGCAGAGCCCGCGGGGUGUGCCCAUCUUCUGUGGGGCGGGGCUGGGAGGCACCGCCCUCCACUCAGUGUAAAUGUCCGUCACCUCGCUCAGUAGCUCCAUUCUCACUCAGCCCCACAUCUGUCUUGUCUUAAAAGCCCUGGGUUCAGAGCGACGUGUUCUUGGCUGGUGUGUGGGGCUCCCGAGUGUGACCACGGUCCCUGGCAGCCGGGGGACGUCUGGUCCAUGCUGUGACCAGGCCUGGAGAGUGCUCAGCCUUACUUAGGAUACAUUUGUAACCGAAUACGGUGUUUUCAAUUUGUACAGAAUAGUUAGAAUAUUCUAUUAAACUUGUGAA